AUGAACAAAGAAAAAACAAAAGAAGAAGAAAAGAUCCAUCCUUCCAAGAGUUUGAGAGUAACCUCAAUAAGAGAAGACGACAAGAUCCGGAAUACAGAGAAAAUGAACAAAGAGAAAACAAAAGAAGAAGAAAAGAUCUAUCCUUCCAAGAGUUUGAGAGUAACCUCAAUAAGAGAAGACGACAAGAUCCGGAAUACAAAGAAAAUGAACAAAGAAAAAACAAAAGAAGAAGAAAAGAUCUAUCCUUCCAAGAGUUUGAGAGUAACCUCAAGAAGAGAAGACGACAAGAUCCGGAAUACAAAGAAAAUGAACAAAGAAAAAACAAAAGAAGAAGAAAAGAUCCAUCCUUCCAAGAGUUUGAGAGUAACCUCAAGAAGAGUAGAAGACAAGAUCCGGAAUACAAAGAUAAUGAACAAAGAAAAAACAAAACAAGAAGAAGAGAUCUAUCCUUCCAAGAGUUUGAGAGUAACCUCAAGAAGAGAAGACGACAAGAUCCGGAAUAUAAAGAAAUUGAAAAAAGAAACAAUAGAAAGAGAAGAAGAGCUCCGUCAUUCCAAGAAUUUGAGAGAAACAUCAACAAACAAAGGAGAAGCAAUCCAGCAUACAGAGAGAAAGAAUCUAAAGAUGACGCUUUACGUAAACAAAGCAACAGAUUUCCCUCCAAUACAAUUGAUGAACUUGUGGAGCACUUUAAAGAAGCAGUAUCAGUAG